ACAAAGUUUCUCUGGACAGGCAAAAUGGCGAGUCUAAUUUAUUGGCUGUUUUCCGUUGCAUUUGUUCUUGGUGCAGUUCAAAUGGCCAGUGGUUACAGCUACAGCAACUGCAUUGAAAAACCCUACUCGAAAGGAACCUUUCAAUGUAUCAAUCGGAAGGAGACGAAGAUUACAAAUAUUACAAAAGACCUGCCGUCAUCUACCAUCAAUCUCACCAUCUCAAAUAAUGAUCUGGGGGACAUUCCCAACAACAGCUUUGGUCAUCUCCAAAAACUUGAGCAACUCCGACUAGAUCAUAAUAACAUAAGGACCAUCGGUCAAUCUGCUUUCGAGAACCUGCUUCAUCUCACGUCUCUGAACUUGUCCUUUAACCAAAUAUCAGUGCUUAACCCUGCUGUGUUUAAGGACCUGCACAACCUCACCUUUCUCUCGCUGACAAACAAUACAUUAAAGCGGCUCCCCGGAGGCAUUUUCUCCACUCUUCUCAAACUGGAAACUUUAAACAUGAGCCAAAACCAUCUGAAAAACUUUUCAGAGGUUGCUGAGUCUGUGUCACAUUUAGUAAAUCUGACAAAAAUAGAUAUUUGCUUCAACAAUUUGACCUCUCUCAGCCACUCAAAUGUGUCGCUACCCAAAUCCCUCACUACAUUAUAUUUGUCUAGAAAUAAUCUGUCUACAUUAGGAUGUAAUCAAUCGUUUCUCGAGAACAUCAAGGUGCUGGAUUUGUCUUACAAUCAUUGGCUGCCUACGAUCGCUUUUGAAGGAGUGGAUUUAAGGCGUGUAAACUACCUGCGUAUGCGUUCAACAAGUGUCAAGGUCAUGGAGUUUUUAAACAUCAGCAAUAUCAAUGCAGGUCAUGUUGAUUUUUCUGACAUGGGCCUUGAAAAUGACACGGAGCGAUUAUGCAUAUUGUUAAAGGAAAGAAAUGUGAAAUCGAUAAAAAUGUUAAGCCUGGGUAGUAACAAGAUUGUGAAUCUGCCAAAAAACAUUCUUAACCAAUGUCCUAACAUCACACAGGCUUUGGAUCUUUCCCACAAUAACCUGAAAAGCAUAAGUUGUCUUAACUUUCUCGAUAGACAGACAAUGCUAAAAAGCGUCAAUUUAGAACACAACGGUCUCACCUACCUGAAGUCUUGUAAACCACCACACAUGGGUAAUUUAACCAAUCUAGAAGAUCUGAGCUAUCGCUACAACCGCAUCCUAUCGGUCCGCUCUUAUGCUUUCUAUCGAACACCAAAUAUCAAGACACUAGAGCUCAACAUAAACACAAUAGCUUAUCUUGAUCAUAAAGCUCUCAUGGGGUUAAAAAAGCUGGAGACACUCCGUCUGGAUAAUAACCUCUUAACUGAUUUGUUCCACGACACCUUUGAAGAUACUUUCAACCUGAAAAUCCUCAACCUACGCAACAAUCGUAUCUCUGUCAUUUUUAAUGGGACCUUCCACAGUUUAAAGAAUCUUUACACACUGGACCUAGGAGGAAAUAAGAUUAGUCAUAUCAAGCGGCAUGGCCUUGAUGGACUACAAAAUCUGUCCAAAUUCUAUCUCGAUGGAAACAACCUCCAAACGAUUGAAACUUCCCUCCAUCGUGUAUUUCAAGACACGCUAACUGUUCUGGAUUUACAGAGUAAUCGGUUUCGCUUCCUCAAGGAAACGGACCGUUCACCAUUUAUGAACCUCAGCAAACUGAAGGAUCUGAAACUGGACGGGCAGCGACCGCAUGGCCUCACAGUUUUACCCCAACAAUUAUUCCGUGGCCUCCACUCCCUGAAAUCUCUGUAUCUAACGAACAAUAACAUCUUCUAUCUUCCUCCUGAUGCCUUUGAUGAUCUGACAGGCUUAAGUUUCCUCACGUUAGAUAACUGCUGUGUUGGGGUGACACAACUACAGCCAGGAAUCUUCAAAAAUCUAAGAAAUUUGACCCGAUUGAUUGUUGAAAAUAUGGGUAUUCAGAACUUCACAAAAGAGGUUUUUGGGAAUCUCACAAAGUUGCACAUACUGCAGCUCAACCGCAAUGUAAUGCAGAGUAUUCGUGUGGACGCACUAGAAAGUUUACCUAAACUUGACUACCUCGACAUACGGAGUAUUCCUCUAAGCUGCACCUGUGGAAACAGCUUGCUGCAAAACUGGACAGUGCACAACCAAAAUACCCAGGUGGUCUAUCUCUACAAUCUUCCGUGCCCAAACCAUGCAAAAAGCAGAUUCCACAACUUUGACACCAAAGUUUGUUACAUAGAUUUGGAAGAGUACUUCUUCCUUAGCACAGCAGUUGUGAUCUUCCUGUUCACAGUAACUCCUUUACUUUAUGUCAAACUGUACUGGAAAAUGAAGUAUGGCUACUAUGUGUUCAUUUCUUGGUUUGGUGAGCAGUGGCGCAGACUCAGAGAGAAAGAGGAAAAUUGCAAAUAUGACGCAUUUAUUUCCUAUAACUCCUCUGAUGAACAAUGGGUCAUGGACCAGUUAAUUCCGAACCUGGAGGGCAAUGGAUCGUCUUUUAAACUUUGUCUACAUCACAGGGACUUUGAGCUAGGCCGCAAUAUUGUGGACAACAUCGUCUCUGCUGUAUAUAGCAGCCGCAAAACUAUCUGUGUGGUGAGCAGGAAUUUCCUCAAGAGUGAGUGGUGUUCUCUGGAAAUCCAACUGGCCAGCUACCGCCUCUUCGAUGAGCACCGGGACGUCCUCCUGCUUGUGUUUCUGGAGCAAAUCUCCGAGAGGCAGGUGUCGUGCUAUCACCGCAUGAGGAAAGUCAUGUUGAAAAAGACUUAUCUGCAGUGGCCUAGCUCAGACUGCACUGACCCGACGCAGGCCCAAGCGCUGUUUUGGAAUCAGCUACGGAGGGCAAUAAGAUCCGGGAGCGGACAAGAAGCAGAGGAGAUUAACAAUGAAGUUCAUGAAGAAGAGGAACCUGGAAAUGUUGACACUCACACAUCAGAUGAAAAAUAUUACUUGCUUACUUGAAAAUACUUGAACAUUUUCAUUUGUGACUGUUGAGACAAACCUUUCAGUAUGUUCAAUGAAUAAUAACAUGUUCUGCUGUUUGGAGAGGAACAUAAAAAUAUGGUGGAAAUGUGAAGUGUGAUCCAUUGUACUGUAAACUUUUAAUCCAUACAAGCAUUAAUCAGAAGUGUCAUUUAAUUGAAUGUGCUCAUCUAAAUUAAAAUGAUUAUUUCGUUGUAUUACACAAUUGUGAUAAUGUGUUUUAUUGCAUUUAAAUGUAGCUCACACAAAAUAUAUCAAAAUGCUUUCACAAUAGCACAUCUGGCAAAGCUUCUUCUAUAAGAAUUUCCCGUUAUAACACCAGUGUUAAAGAUGAUAUGUAUACAGCUCUGCACAUUAACAAAUGUUCCUAAAAUACAAACAA